CAAGGUAUCUUUGGAGUUCAGUCUGCGUUGAUAACGCGUAUUAUUAUUUUGUGUGUUCGUCGGUUGUCGAUUGUUUUAGUUAUUAUUUUGAAUCGUAUGAGUCGUUACUGGUUUUACUUAGAUCCAAACGAAGAGAAGCCGACAUUUUUUUAAAAAAAUUACUGCUGUCGAGUUUCGUCUAUUCCUGCCUGUGAACCCUAUCAUUUUUACUCGUCCGUUUAUUCAUUCAACAACAGCUAUGAACAAUGUCUGUACACCCCAUCGAUUAAACAACAUCAGUUAUGCUGUGGAUACUGUCGUUUUUGCGUUGUAUACAAUAGUUUAACCGUUAGUAUUUACAAUAGUAAAAAAAGAGUCUGACAACAAGAAUAUGCUGUUGCGAGCCGUCAACUGUUCGUUCCUACUAGUGAUCAAUGUGUGUCUCUAUGUGAGCGCUAUAUGUUUUUUCUCAGCGCCUGGUCCAACAGCCACAAAGAAUUUAGAUAACAUUUGGCUCAAUGAGUUAUUUGGAAAAAUCGAUGAAACCAAUACUACUGUAGAGACAGUGGACAAGUUUAACAACUAUCAGAUUUAUCCCAGAGUCAUCAGUAUCGUGUCCAAGGAUUAUUUUAAAUUUUUUAAGGUUAAUCUUCGAAGAACUUGUCCUUUUUGGUCAGAUGACAGUAAAUGUGCAAUGCGAUACUGUCAAGUUGAGUCUUGCCAGUUGGAGGACUUACCAAUUGGUCUCAAAGGUAGCCGACACAGUUUAGUGGACGAAGACAUGUCGAUUAAAUAUAUGGAAGGACCACAACAACAGGAAUGUGAAGAAGCUAUGCAAGAUCAACUGGGAUACAUUAACACAACAAUAAGUGCAGCGGCUAUGGAAGAUUUUGCUCUAUGGCAAGCUCACGAUGACUUGCAAGAAAUGUAUUGUACGCUACCUGAAGACGAUGGUGAUGCUGAAUAUGUUGAUCUAUCAUUAAAUCCUGAACGAUACACAGGGUAUAAAGGACCAUCAGCAAAUCGCUUGUGGCAUACAAUAUACAUGGAAAACUGUUUUAGACCAAAAAAUUUAUUUGAAGUUUAUAUUAAAUCAGCCAAGUUGACUGGUAUGUGCUUAGAAAAACGAGCUUUCUAUCGUGCUAUUUCUGGUUUGCAUACAAGCAUCAACAUACAUCUUAGCGCUCAAUAUUUAUUAUCUGAUAAAGGAUCAACAUUUUUGAACCCGUGCGGCACCGGUUUUUGGGGUCCAAACGUUGAAGAGUUUGAACGGAAGUUCGGGCCACAAUACACAAAAGGAGAGGGUACGCAGUGGUUAAGAAACCUAUACUUUUUGUACCUCGUUGAACUUAGAGCAUUGCAAAAAGCUGCCCCUGUACUUGAACAUGUAGAAUACUAUACAGGAAACGAUAAAGAAGAUGAAGCCACUCGACUUGCCGUAAACAACUUGCUGAGUAUUGUCAAGCAAUUUCCACAACAUUAUAAUGAACGAUCUAUGUUUUCGGGCGGACAACAAGCACAAAAGUUAAAAGAAGAGUUUCGACUUCAUUUUCGUAACAUAUCAACAAUAAUGGAUUGUGUUGGGUGCGAUAAAUGUAGGCUGUGGGGCAAACUGCAAGUUCAAGGGUUGGGCACAGCGUUAAAGAUAUUAUUCUCAAACAAAGCACGGACAAACGGAUAUAAUGAAUUGUCUCCUACUGUCAAUAGACAUACGCUACAAUUGGAGCGUAGUGAAAUUAUAGCUCUUUUUAACGCUUUUGCGAGAUUGUCAACAAGUAUAUACGAGUUGGACAGGUUUCGGCAAAUUCUUAGGUGAAUGGUGCAAUAUGUUAACAAAAUAUAUAUAUACAUAUUAUAUAUAAAUAUAAGCAUCACAGCUUUCCCAGUUUUACUUCCGUCGCAUUUAAAUAUUUUAAUUAUGAUUCAUUCCCGAGACAUGUAUUCUGACUCAAAUACAAUUUUUAAAAAGCUCUCUAAUUAUAUGAGUUU